UACAAAAUCAAAAGACUCAAUCUUCAUCGGUAUAUCGGUUCCUUAACACCUUGUAAAACAUACACAGAUAAACAAGAACAGCCAUAUAGACAAGGCUCGAUCUGCUUCAUCACCGCCGAUAAUCUCCGGCAACAAGAGAUAUUCCUACAUGCCAACACAGAGCUUAAUUGGAUGAUAAUGGCUGCUCCGGCAUCUGCAAAAACAACUGCUUUUGAUUUUGAUGAUGAUGAUGAUGAUACACCCCUAGUUUUUAGAAGGGGAAGUAACUCAACUUCUAAGCAGAAUCAGUUGAAGCAAGAAGUCAAGAAGCCUUUGUUGUCAUCACAGAGCUCUAAUGGUCAAAGUUCAAAUUUCCAAAAAGGUAAGAACACUGUUCCAUCUUCCAAGGCAUCGCCAGUGAAAUCUCCAAUAGGAAGCCCUAAAGCAUCUACUUCUACUGCCAAGCCAUCUCAAGUGAAGUCACCUGUUGCAAAUUUAAAAGCAUCAAGUUUUUCGGGUGAACAGUUGAAACAGACAUCAAAACAAAAUGUAGCUAAUGUUGUUAAGCAGGAGGUCAGCACUGUUAAGCAUAAAACUGAACCAAAUAGUGAGGAUUCUGAGGAUGAUUUACCAUUGAGUUCUAAACUCAAGGGGAACUCCAACAAUGUCAAAGAAGUCAAAAAUGAAGAUUCAGAUGAUGAUGAUGACAAUAUCCCUUUGUCCUCAAGGUUUCCAGCAAAGUCAAAUGCAGGAACUUCGGGUAGUAAGCCUAAUAAUUUUAGUGAAAAGAAACCUUUGGCUUCAAAAAUUCAACAAAAUGGUUCAAUUACAAAGGACAAGCAACAGAAAAUGUCCAUGGUGCCAUCUAAGAGGCCUAUGGAUAAGGCUAAUUCAUCAGAUCAGUCUUCUGCUAAAAAGCCUAAGAUUUCUGAUGCUUCCACAGCAAUGAAAAUUAAGCAAGUAACUGUCAAAGCAGAAGAGGAUGGCAAUGACAAUGUUCCAAUUUCUCUGAGAUUAAAGAAGUCAGGCUCCUUAGAUAGUAAAUUAUUAUCUGCUAAGCAAAAAACAACUAAAGUUGUUUCUUCUUCAUUCAAGAAGACGAAUAAGAAGAACAAGAAACAAAUGAAAAAUACAAAAUAUUCUAAGUCGACAAAAGUGCAACCUAACUCCACUGAUGGACAGAAAAAAUGGACUACAUUGGUUCAUAAUGGUGUUAUUUUCCCGCCUCCAUACAAGCCUCAUGGCAUUAAGAUUCGCUACAAGGGGCAACCAGUUGAUUUAACUCCUGAACAAGAGGAGGUUGCGACAAUGUUUGCAGUGAUGAAAGAUACAGACUACAUGCAAAAGCCAAAAUUUCUCGAAAACUUCUGGAAUGAUUGGCGAAAAUUAUUGGGGAAGAACCAUAUAAUACAGAAGUUGGAGGACUGUGAUUUCACCCCUAUAUACCAGUGGCAUCAGCAGGAGAAGGAGAAAAAGAAACAGAUGAGUACAGAAGAGAAGAAGGCCUUGAAAGAAGAUAAAUUGAAGCAGGAGGAAAAGUACAUGUGGGCUGUUGUUGAUGGUGUAAAAGAGAAGGUCGGAAAUUUCAGAGUUGAACCACCUGGACUGUUUAGAGGCCGGGGAGAGCAUCCAAAGAUGGGAAAGCUGAAAAAUCGCAUUCGGCCAAGUGAUAUUACCAUAAAUAUUGGAAAGGAUGCCCCAAUUCCUGAAUGUCCUAUUCCUGGUGAAAGCUGGAAAGAAAUAAAGCACGAUAAUACUGUCACUUGGUUGGCUUUCUGGAAUGAUCCAAUCAAUCCAAAGGAAUUCAAAUAUGUUUUCUUGGCAGCCAGCAGUUCCUUGAAGGGCCAAAGUGACAGGGAGAAAUAUGAAAAAGCAAGAAUGCUGAAGAACUUCAUAGACAACAUAAGAGCAGCCUACCAAAAGGAUUUUAAGAGUAAAGAUGUUACGAAGAAGCAAAUAGCAGUUGCUACCUAUCUAAUUGAUAAGUUAGCUCUUAGGGCCGGUAAUGAGAAGGACGAUGAUGAAGCAGAUACUGUUGGUUGUUGCACAUUAAAAGUAGCAAACGUAGAGUGUAUUCCUGGAAGUUACAACUUGAAGUUUGACUUCCUUGGUAAAGAUUCAAUUCGAUAUGAAAACACAGUUGAGGUUAAGCCUGAGGUGUAUGAUGCAAUCGGAACAUUUCAAAAAGGAAAGAAGCAAACUGACGAUCUUUUUGAUAAGCUGGAUACAACUAAAUUGAAUGCUCACCUGAAGGAACUCAUGCCUGGCCUUACAGCAAAAGUUUUUCGUACAUAUAAUGCAUCAAUCACAUUGGAUGGAAAGUUAUACGAGGAAACUGAAGAUGGUGGUGACCUUGCAGAAAAAGUUAUCAUUUAUAACCGAGCAAACAAGGAGGUGGCAAUCAUUUGUAAUCAUCAACGUACUAUCUCAAAAUCUCAUGAUGCACAAAUGUCUAAGUUAACUGAGAAAAUCGAGGAACUCAAGAGCACUAUAAAAGAGCUGAAAACUGAUUUGGACAGGGCCAAGAAGGGGAAGCCCCCAUUAAAGGGUCCAGAUGGAAAGCAAAAGCGGAAUCUGAGCCCUGACGCCAUUGAGAAAAAGAUAGCUUCAACUAAUCAAAAGAUUGAGAAAAUGGAACUGGCUAUGAAGACCAAAGAGGAUUUGAAAACUGUGGCAUUAGGCACAUCCAAGAUCAAUUACCUUGAUCCUAGGAUUACAGUAGCAUGGUGCAAGCGACAUGAAGUUCCCAUAGAAAAGAUAUUCAACAAAUCUCUCCUGGCAAAGUUCACUUGGGCAAUGGACGUGGAUCCUCAAUUCAGAUUCUGAUUGCGGCUUGUCGAAAGAGUAAUUGAGUAAACAUUUGCCCCCACCUGCAAAAUCAAAAUCUUUAAAAGAAAGAAAGAAAUUAAGAAAUAGUACAAUUCCUCUUCUUUUCUCUCCCCCAUUACAGUUCAUUUAACAUUUUUUUCUUCUGUUCAAGCGGAAAAUUAAUGUUGUAUGUUCAAUCUAAUCUAAUCAUGGAGCAAUUUGCCCCAUUCUUUAUACUGUUUCUCUUUUUUUAGACUAUGUCUCAGUGAUUGCGGCUAGAAUUUGUUUGCUUAGAGGCUUGGAGACAUCUCAUUCUAACAAUAUAAAUGUCAAAAACAUAUUUAAAUGAGUCAGACACAAAGUAACUUAUGUUAAUUUUCAUUUUGUUCA